AUGCACAUCGCUCAUACGGGAUCCACUAAGGGGAGUUGAGAAAAAGGAUCGUUCGGCACCUUUCUGAUUUAUAUGUGUAGUGGCUCAUUGAAGAAAAGAGGAGAUCAAAAUUUAAAGAUCAGGCUAGAUCUUGGAGAAAUUGGUUUAGAGAUUUUCUUAAAAAAGGGAUAUUUUGAUUUUUUAAUAAAAAAUGACUUUAUGUUUUGCUUACUCCCCAUCAUGAGUGAGCAAAAAAUGUUGUUCGCUCAUAGGAUAAAUUUUUUUUUUUGAAAUUUAAAAAAAAUCCAUUCGAAAUAAUUGGUAACCAAAAAUUAAUUUAAUUCGUAAAUUUAUAUUUCGUCAAAUUUAACAGAAUUAGGUGGAUAUUUCAGUAUAAUAGUUUUAAGUGAUAUGUGAAAAUAUUUUUCAUGAAAAACUUUUUAAAAGAUUUUUUGUUAGCUCAUGGAGUGUAAAAAAGGAUUUUUCCAAUGAUUUUACUCGCUAAUAGAGGGGGGCUAAAGAAGUGUUCAAUUAUCCAAUUAGGCAAUUAA